AUGACAUUUCCACUACGACCCCUGCUCUCUCUGAGGCAUGGAUGUCGAACGUACUCUUCGCUUUCUGAGCGCUUGCAUCGCGAACUGACUACAAGGAAACUCCCGUUGACUUACGACUACCUACACCCGCAGCCCUCACACCUUCUGAACCUGACGCUCCGUGAUCUUCUACCACAAUCUACAACCAACCACGAUUAUGCGACUCUACCCUCGAUACAGAAUCCAUCUCUGUUACCGGUCGGCUACCACUUAAUCUACUUCCCGCCGCAGGUGACAUUGUCCCAACUACUCCCGGACUGCACAGAUACGCUACACACACCCGGGGAACCAUUCAACCGGCGUCUUUGGGCAGGUGGGAAUCUAAGAUUUCCCGCAUCUAGUCCCGCUUUAGAUGGCAGCCGGGCAGUCUGUAUUGAAUCCAUCCGCAAUGUGACAGUCAAGGGCCGCGACGGAGACGAGAAGGUAAUUGUCACCAUUGAGCGGCGCGUUGGCAAUGUCCCAGAGGGAGAAACUGCCGACGCAACCUGGAAGCGGAUAUGGAAAGAGAACGAAGAAAACCCGGGGGAGUCGUCAGUCAUUGAGAAUCGCGAUCUCAUCUUCAUGCGCUUGAAGACCGAGGCACAAAUCGAGGCUGAUAAAGAGCAAUUUGGAAAGCCUAGUAGGAUUGUCAAACCUCCCUCCAACGCGACGUUCCGCCAUGCUCUCAUGCCGACUAAAGCGCUGCUAUUUCGGUUCUCGGCGCUAACAUUCAAUGCCCAUUCUAUCCACUUGGAUAAGGGAUAUACUCAAAACCAGGAAGGAUACCGUAAUCUUUUGGUGCAUGGCCCGUUGACGCUCACGCUUCUGUUGAGUGUGCUUCAGCACCAUUUGAAGCAGGUGAAUCUCUACGUCAAUAGCAUUGACCCCUCUUUUGUUGAAGAGGAACUGGUGAUCUGUGGAAAGCCCAAGAACGAUACUGGAGCUUGGGAUGUGUGGAUUGAAGGCCAGGAUGGAGGGUUGGCUGUUCGAGGUACUGCCCAGACAAGGAGCUUGUAA